AUGCUGCUCAGAGCCGCACAAGCGCCUUGCUGGCGCACGGCGCAUGCGUUCGCAUACCACCCGAGCCUCGCCGGCCGGCUACGCAGCACGCGAGUCGGAACACACAUGCGAGUGUUCACGUCAACCCAGAGUCCUUUACGAAACAACUCGGAAAAGAAAGACCCCUCCAUCACAACCAUCACAACCAGCCCUGCUACCCCCACUCCGCCACAGCUGGAAAAUGCCAAUAUUGUCCCGAAGCCGAAAGAGAGCGGGGAGGCGAAGACACCACCUAAGAAGGACUUGCUGAGCGAGCCUUUGGCCGCGAACAAGGAACAACGGAAGGCAGACUGGGCUAUCAUGAAGGAGAUGGCCAAGUAUCUGUGGCCCAAGAUCCUAAAUGUGGAGAUCCCCUUCUACUUCAAGAACAUUGUCGAUUCAAUGAAUGUAGACUUUGCUACUCUUGGUGGAACUGCAUACACCGUGGCUGGAUCAAUGAUUAUCGCAUAUGGUGUCACGCGAAUUGGAGCUACAGUGUUCCAAGAGCUUCGCAAUGCAGUCUUUGCUAGUGUUGCACAAAAGGCCAUUCGAAAGGUUGCAUCGAACGUGUUUGAACAUUUGUUGCGACUGGAUCUCAACUUCCAUCUUUCCCGACAGACUGGAGGUCUGACCCGCGCCAUCGACCGCGGUACCAAAGGUAUCAGCUUUUUGUUGACUUCUAUGGUCUUCCAUGUCGUCCCGACUGCACUUGAAAUCUCGCUUGUCUGUGGUAUCUUGACAUAUCAAUACGGCCUUCAAUUUGCUGCAAUCACCACGGCAACAAUGGUUGCUUACACAGCAUUCACUAUUACUACAACUGCCUGGCGAACCAAGUUCCGUAGGCAGGCUAACGCUGCCGAUAAUCGUGGAGCCACCGUGGCCGUGGACUCGCUCAUCAAUUACGAGGCUGUCAAGUACUUCAACAAUGAAAGUUUCGAAGUAGCACGAUACGGCAAGGCUCUGAAGAACUACGAAGAUGCAUCAAUCAAGGUGACCACCUCUUUGGCAUUCCUCAAUUCCGGUCAGAACAUGAUCUUUUCCUCUGCGCUGGCCGCAAUGAUGUACCUGGCUUGCAACGGAGUGGCCACUGGAUCCAUGACCGUCGGUGAUCUUGUCAUGGUCAACCAGCUGGUCUUCCAGCUCUCGGUGCCUCUCAACUUCCUAGGCUCUGUUUACCGUGAGUUGCGACAGUCUCUACUGGACAUGGAGACACUUUUCAACUUGCAGAAGGUCAACGUCACCAUCCAGGAGCGACCCAAUGCCAAGCCUUUGCAGCUUACCCGUGGUGGCGAGAUUCGCUUCGAAAACGUUACUUUCGGUUAUCACCCUGAACGUCCAAUCUUGAAGAAUGCCACGUUCAGUAUCCCCGCAGGGCAAAAGUUCGCCAUCGUCGGCCCUAGUGGCUGCGGUAAAUCUACCAUCCUUCGUCUACUGUUCCGUUUCUACGACGUCCAAUCCGGCCGCAUCUUGAUCGACGGUCAGGAUGUUCGCGAUGUGAGCCUCGAAAGUCUUCGCAAGGCCAUUGGAGUGGUACCCCAGGAUACCCCUCUUUUUAAUGACACAAUCAUCCACAACAUUCGUUACGGACGUAUUGAUGCCACAGACGAAGAGGUACGCCGGGCUGCUGAGCGGGCCCACAUUCACAAGCUGAUUGAGAACUUGCCCGAGGGCUACCAAACUGCCGUUGGUGAGCGAGGAAUGAUGAUUUCCGGUGGAGAGAAGCAGCGACUGGCGAUUUCCCGGUUGAUUCUGAAAGACCCGCAGCUUUUGUUCUUCGACGAAGCUACAUCCGCCCUCGAUACAUAUACUGAGCAGGCCCUCCUCCAAAACAUCAACAGUAUUCUCAAGGACAAGAGCCGCACCAGUGUGUUUGUGGCUCAUCGUCUCCGCACGAUCUGCGAUAGCGACCAGAUUCUGGUGUUGAAGGAUGGUAUUGUGGCGGAAAUGGGCUCGCACCACGAGCUUCUCGGUCGUGAUGGCAUCUAUGCUGAGCUCUGGAAUAGUAAGUCCCUUUGCCUUUGUGAAUAUGGAUACCACUGA